ACAGUGACCAGCCAAAGGACUGCGCUGCCGUGGCUGCUGCAGGAGAGACAACGAGCGGCGUGUACACCAUCUUCCCCGCCUCCUGCACCGCCAGGUUCUCUGUUCAGGUGUGGUGUGAGUUGGAGGAGGACGGGUCAGCCUGGACGGUGCUACAGAGGCGAGGCUCCAAGACGACCGAGACUCCUCAUCCCGUCGUCGACUUCUUCAGGGACUGGGCCGAAUACAAAUGGGGCUUCGGCAACCUGGAGGGAGAAUACUGGCUAGGCCUGGAGUACAUUCAUCAGUUGACUCAAUCUGGUGACUACGUGCUGCGUGUGGACCUCCAAGACUGGUCCAACGAGACGCGCUGGGCCAAGUACAAGCACUUCGCCCUGAGCAAUGAGGACCACAACUACACCCUGACUCUAGGAGACUACGAGGGCAGCGCAGGUAACUCCCUCAAGUACCACCAGGGGGCGCCCUUCAGCACCCGGGACCGUGACAACGACUUCAACCCUCGCGGCCACUGCGCCAGGACCUUCCACGGCGCCUGGUGGUUCACCGCCUGUCAUGAGUCCCACCUGAACGGGCGGUACCAUCAUGGCCGCCACAAGAGCUACGGUGACGGCAUCAACUGGAUGGCCUUCCGUGGCCACAACUACUCCCUCAAGUUCUCCAGGAUGAUGAUCAGACGCACCAACAUCUAGAUGGAGACCAAGACAUCGCCUCCUCCCUCUGAUCGAUAAUUCUUGGAGACAUUCAUAUUUUGUUCUUCAGUUAUUUUCCAUUUCGACAACUCCUAGGAACUCUAGAGUGCGUUGGCAGUGUUUCUUAUUUUAAAUGCCUGAAGUGUGUGAGGAAAGACGAACUUGGAGGGAAAAUUCACCCACUAGAGAGGAUUCAGAGCUGAGGACAUCUCCAGGAAGUUAAUAUUUCUUGUUGUCUCCAAGAAUGCAAACGACUAUUCAUAUCAUUAGCCUUUAGCGGGGGCCUCCGGGCACGGUACUGGCGCCUCAGCCAUCGAGCUAAAUGCAGCUGCAGCGCCAGUACAAUUAGUGGCGUGCCCAGGUGUUGUGGCAGUAUAGGUACGGGUAAUGAGAUAAGUUACCUGUGUAGUUAAUAGGUUAAUGAGACGGUAAUGAGAGUGCAGGAAGGAGAUAUCUCUUACCCUGGAGACGUUUAGAAGAUCUCCCUCGCCGUCUCUGCAGAUUGAAAAUGUCAGGCAAGUUGUAGAGACUUGGGUAGAUGGGUGGCUACUUCCGCUCCUCUAAUUAGCACAGUAGUCUCCUUCUGAGGUAUUUUACAGGUGGAAGUUGUCAGUGUUCCCGGGGUCAGGUCACAGGUAUACUAGACUCGCCUAAAUGGAGGUCAGGUCACAGGUAUACCAAACUUACCUAGAUGGAAGUCAGGUUCAUAUGUACCAGACUCACCUAAAUGCAGGUCAGGUCACAGGUAUACUGAGCUCACUUAGAUGGAGGUUAGGUCACACAUAGACCAGACUCACCCACCAGAUCACAAGACUUCACAAACUUAUUAAAUAUUCUGGUCAAGGCGAAAGUUAUUGUAAACGUAGAAUAAAUUGUUUUCUUCUUCAACUCGGUGCCGUGUGUGUGUGUGUGUGUGUGUGUGUGUGUGUGUGUGUGUGUGUGUGUGUGUGUGUGUGUGUGUGUGUGUGUGUG